AUGGCGUCACCAUCUUCUGUGAGCACUAGACACGAGGACGUGGAAACAGAGUGGUCGCGCCCAAACAAGAGACGCAAGCGGCCCUCUGUUGCUGCAACAUCAGGUCCAUCUCCUCGUGAGCUUGGAUUUAUGAGAGAGUCACAAAACGAGGGCUCUGCGACAUUUCUUGGAAGUUCAAGUGGCAUUCACUUCAUCCGCCAUGUUUACAAUGCAUUCGCACGCCGCUCGGCGGACUUGGAUCAAACCCGAGCGCGCGACAGAACGUCGGUGCCUGGGGAAGACGACCGGCUGAGGCGACACGCAGGAACAACUCAAACCACCGAUGACCUAUGGGGAAAAGAUGAGUUGGACUUUUCGUCAAGCCCAACCGUUGCUUUUGACGACCUUGUCAAAUGGACACGCAGCUAUUUCGAAAAUUGGCAUUCAAUUUUCCCAUGUCUUCAUGCACCAACGGUUUUGAAGACCAUGGAGACCGUUAGCCAAAAGGGAAUCGAGUCAAUCAAUCGCCUCGAGUUGAUGAUACUGCGGUCGGUCAUAUCCAUCUCCCUGGGCGACAAUCGACAAAUAACAUCCCCUGCAUCCAAGACAAAUCCUGUUCCCGCGGGGCUGGUUUUUCGGAGCAUUCAGCAUGUGAUGCAGGAUGUACAGAGCUUGCUCGAGCAGCCUUCCACCUUGGCACUACUACAAGCGGCUUUCACCGCGCAAGUUGCGCUCACUUCUCUCUUGCGUUUAAAUGCGGCCUCGCGGGUGGGCGGUGUAAUCACCCGCACCGCAUUCCACCUGGGGUUGCACCGUUGCCCGGGGCGUUUCUCAUGUUUCAGUAGCGAAGAAGUUGGCAUCAGAUGUCGUUUAUUCUGGUCAAUCUAUUCCCUUGAGAGGUAUCUCUCCCAGGCGCUCGGCAUUCCUCUCUCAAUUCGGGACGAUGACAUCGACGUGUGUUACCCCGGCGCAGAAAGGCAUGUUUCAACUAACCCCCAAAACAACGACGAUCAGAGAUUGCGACUGGUCUGCCAUCUCGCCAAGUUUGCCCGAAUCAGAGGUCUGAUUGUGGAACUUCGCAACAAAUCUAUACUGCACAGCCAUGAUAGCCAAGUUGAGGCGGCACAUGUCACAGGAGAACUUUCACAAUGGUGGAAUGAGGUUUACGAUGAUGUCAAUCCGAUUGAAGAGCCCGAUGAAUCUGGUCAGGAGCAGGCUCCAGCCUUACAGCCAUACCAUCGACUCCUUCUAAUGAUUCUGCGACACGAGGCCAUCAUUUCACUCAACCGGCCCUUGUUAGCGGCCGAAAAGCCCAGUGCAGAUUACAAGAAUGCCCUACAGACCUGCAUUGGAUCUUCAAGAUCAAUACUCACGGCAUUGAAAAAACACAUGUCUUCUACAUCAGACUCACCACUUUCAUGGCCAUGCUUCACAUGGUCAACAUGGAUGGCCUGUCUUAUUCUCAUGUUUGCCGCUUGGGAGGAUGAAUUUGCAGCAUCAAGCGCGCUAAAGUAUGCGCGCAUGGGAAUUGCGGUCUUGGAAAAUCUGUCACUCCGCGGAAGCAGCUGGCCAGAGACCUGCAUCGAAGCAAUCAAAGGUAUGGAGUCUGCUUUCUCGGCACAAAACUCCAACGGCCAGCAGUUCAAGAUUCCCGGAACCAUGAACGGAACAGAGAAAGCACCACAGUACACACAAAACACACCAUCAAUAGACAGGAGAAGAACUCAAUUCCUCUCUGUUCAAGAUGGCCAUGAAUCUGGAGAUAUAGGCCUCACACCAGCUAUACUACGGUCCUCGGCUAUGAAUGGAUACCAAGAGAGCCCUGUCUCGGGUGGCAUGCAGCCUUUCCAAUCAGCCGCACGACCAAUCGUCCAAGGUCUCAACUCCACGGAGGCAUAUGACUCGGCUAUUUUCUCACCUACCGACAAUAUUGGAAACUAUGCUGAAAUGCUUGAUUCUGCUGGCAACCCCAUCAGUGGACAGUCCUCCGCCGGGCUUAUUUUCGGAAACAUGGCAGACAGCAAUGCUGCCUUCAAUCCCGGUUUUGCCGGUCAGGAAUCCCUGCCCUUCUCCUCGUCUAUGCUGAUGAAUGAUCUCUGGAGUGUGGCCGACGGUCCCUGGAUGAUACACAAUAACUUCUUGUAG